CAAAUGCAAAAUGCACAACAUAUUCACGUGCAAACACGCUUAUCAUCAUUUCUAAACGUGCUCACGGAAAAAAACGUUUCACUUUCCAGUUUUCGACUAAAUAAACUAGGAACCAGCGCAAGGAUCUCCCAAACGACGUCGUUCUUCUCGAAUUCCCAACCCGGAAAGCCAAGAUCGUCGCUCCUGCUCUUCCCAAUCAUAGUCCUCCCUGCGCUUGAUCGGCCGCACAAAGCUGUACAUGCGACAAGUGCGUGGACACACGCGCGCGAGCUUCUACACAGGGAAAAAGUAGAGCGAGAAGAAGCUUUCUGGAGGAAGUGCGUAAAGUCACAUGGUGUCGUACGUGAGCGCGUUGUUGUACGGGGUCGGGGGGAUCGUGGUGGCGGGCAUGGCAUUGCUCGUCGCCUUCCAGGAAAAGCUAGUCUACGUGCCGGUCCUGCCUGGGCUAUCCAAGUCCUACCAAAUCACUCCAGAUCGACUCCGCCUCCUGUACGAGGAUGUCUGGCUCAUGUCCUCCGAUGGCGUCCGCCUCCACUCCUGGUUUAUCAAGCUCUUCCCCGACUGUAAAGAUGUAGAUUAUGCUGGGAAGGGAGAAGAAAAUAAAUCUGAGGCAAAAUUGCAGCAGCUUGUGGUGGCUAUUCGUCCAACUGUUCUCUUUUUCCAGGAAAAUGCAGGAAACAUUGCUCAUCGUCUUGAAAUGGUUCACGUAAUGUUGCAGAAACUGCAAUGCAACGUUUUCAUGCUUUCUUACCGAGGUUAUGGAGCUAGUGAUGGAUUUCCUUCACAGCAUGGUAUUACAAAGGAUGCUCAGGCUGCUUUGGAUCAUCUGGUUCAGAGAGCAGACAUCGAUACGUCCAGAAUUAUAGUCUUUGGAAGAUCACUUGGGGGAGCUGUUGGGGCUGUGCUAACCAAAAACAAUCCUGACAAGGUGGCUGCCUUAAUAUUGGAAAACACUUUCACAUCUAUUCUGGACAUGGCUGGAGUUCUAUUACCAUUUCUGAAGUUAUUUAUUGGAAAAAGUACCUCAAAGGGUCCCAGAGUUCUGAAUUUUUUAGUUCGUUCCCCAUGGAACACCAUUGAUGUUGUUGGUGAGAAACAAUAUGCUUUUCUGUUCAAUGCACAGUCCAUUUUUCAAAAUGUUGUUGUGGCUCUGAAUUUUGCCUUCUUGUUGUCACUAACUCCUCUUAUCAAACAACCAAUACUCUUCCUUUCUGGACUAAGAGAUGAAAUGGUUCCCCCAUCUCACAUGGAGAUGUUGUACGCUAAAGCAGCUGCACGCAAUCGCCAAUGCUUUUUCGUAGAAUUCCCUACUGGUAUGCAUAUGGAUACAUGGUUGGCUGGUGGUGAUCGUUAUUGGAGGACCAUUCAAGAGUUCUUGGCAAAAACAGUUCCAGAGAAAAAGAAUAGUGACUCCUCUAGAGUUGGUAACUUUUUGUUCUCAAUUGUUCUGAACUCUUGCGUGCCUUCUGUGUUUGCAGUGGAAAUUGCUGACCCGAUAAUAGAAUACCAUACUUCCUAUUCUCUCCAAAUCUUGAAGGGAGGUGAUCUGCUGGAGUCUGGAGUCUUAAGAUCUUACAUUUUCCCAUCUCCUUCGACCAUUUUAUUUUUGCAGUGACUAAAAGGUGUUUUUGAUUUUUCCGCCACUGCCUUUUUUCGUUCAGAGUUUUUCUUCUGGGUGCACUUUGUGGUUACGCAAAUUUUUAGGAAAGGUCGGAUGAUAGCUUUGUAUGUGUGGUACUAUGCUUAUUUUCUGCCACCAUACCAUAUGAUACUGGUGUUAUAUUUGUAUGGACUAUGAAUUAGAGUAAUAACUAGUUUAGAGGUGAACUGGAAGUAGUGAUUAAUUGUUUUACUCCAUUUUUCAGCUCAACUGUUCGAUAAUGCUGUCACAGGAACUGUACGAACAAGGGUUGUCCCAUGGUUUUAGGGAGUAUUUCUCAAAAACUUGCGUUUUUAUAGGACUGAUUUAUUGUAUUAGAUGAGUAAAGCUGCUAGUAAUCACAAGUUAAUAAUGUUUGUGAAAAUCAGAUUACAGAUUGAACAAAGGCAACAGAAGUUUGAAAAGUAUGGAAGUUAGUGUUGUUUUCAUGUUAUGGUCAGAAGUUGAUGUUGAUUUUUAUAAGUGUUGGCAAAAUGUGUUACGUGUAUAACGUGUAUAGUAAUAUUGAGAUUCUU